AUGGGCUGGUGCACUACGCAAGAGCUUCGGGGUGGCUAUGCGCGCAAACCUGGGGACAUUAUCCUGAUAGCAAAAAAGAGGAUGGCUGAUGCAGAGCCAUAUGCUGUGGUGGUGGUCAUGACCGAAGAUCGUGCGCGCGCCUUGGAGCUUGGAUUCCAACAGCCACUUGGCGUGGCUGCACGGAGGCCGUUGAGUGAGAGGGUCAAAAAGAACAUCAAGUCAGUGGCACCUAAAUGCUUCAAACACAAUGUGAUCAACCAGGAUGCUCUUUCAUACCUGACUCGUUGGAGUCAGGGGGACUGGCCAUGCCAGCCGAGACCUACAGCCUACAAGCAUCUAGUCCAUAGAUGGCCGGUACCUUUUGCUUUGAGUCUGGCCACUCCAUCUUGGGAGAUCCCAAGUCGGAGCAAGCAUGUGGAUUUGACAUAUGCAGCCGAGGGCUCCGAGUCCGAGAUCCUGGAGGCUUCGGACGAUGGCCUGGAAAGCCCUGCUGCUGCGCCUCGUUCUCCUUUGCCCUGCAUGAGUGUUUCCAACAUCAUUGAGGAGCUCUUGAAAGUGGAUGAUGUUAAGGGCUGCCUUCAGUCUACUCAUGCUGCGCUGCCCUCCGGAGAUGGUGCUAUUAAAGUGAAGGUUGCGUCCAUUUGCAGCGGUCUUGGAGUUGCAGAGAUGAUCUUUGAUCAGUUGAACCCUGCAUUGAAGGAGCUACUUCACUCAGGUCGAGCCUUGAAGUUUGAGAACGAGUUCAUGUGCGAGAUUGACACAUGGAAAUCAGAUUGGAUCAGCAAAGCGUUUGGGGCCAAAAUCAUCUUCGAGGACAUGCGAUGCUUGGGAUCUGGCUAUGGGAAGGAUGCUGUUACUCAGCAAUACCUCCAAGUGCCCAAGGUGGCUGGACUCACUAUCGGAUAUCCAUGCAAAUCAAUCAGCUCACAGAAUGGAUCACCCAAAUCAUUCUUGGACGAGAGCUCGACCACUGGUGGUGGCUUCCGAGCUCUUCUGGCAUACUGUGAUUACGAUGAAGAUUUAGAAUGGGUGAUAACAGAGAAUGUGAGAAAUUUGACACAUUCUCGGAAACAAUUUGGAGGUGAAUGCCCCAUCCACCUACAAGAUUCAGAGCUUGAAAAGCGGGGAUUCAUCCCAACCCAUGCCCUGAUCACUUCCAGCGAAUACGGGGUUCCCCAAUCCCGGACCAGAUGCUGGGGUCUUUAUGUGAAAGCCACCCAGUUCAGGCAGUUUGGACCGGACCCACGAAGUUUGUUUUUGAAGUUGACAUGUCCGCCAACACCCAUUGACAAAGUGGUUGACCCGGCAUUGGCCAUUGAGCGUCCAUCUACUCAAAGGGCAGCUUCGGGCAAGAAGUGGGAGGAAGAUUUCAUUACUAUGCAGAAAAAAUUAUGGGAAGGUAUCAACCAGAAACAAAAGCACAAUGUAGCUGUUAAGACAAACCUCAAGGCGCUGCAGAAGAAAGGUUUGCCCUUGACCGCACGGGAAUUGUCCAUCGCCGCGGUCGCCGUGACAAUCCUCCAGCAAAGGGGCAUGGACCCAUUCGCUCACACAAUGAUCAUUCAGGUGGACCAAAACUAUGAAAGGAAUACAUUUUGCAGUUCAAAUCCAUGGUUGUGCCCUUGCCUGAUUCCCAAUGGCAAGUACAUCAUAUCCUCUCAAUGGAGAUUGCUUUCUGGACAGGAGAAAUUGAAAUUGCAGGGCCUGGGUUUGGACGACAUCACCAAGUACAAGCUCCACCUGCUUACCGACAAGCAGCAAUCCGAUUUGGCUGGAAACUCGUGUGGUCCGGGGCCGGCGAAAGCCAUAGCUUCUGGUGACAAGAGUCAGGCGGUUGCCAAAGGUGUGGAUUCUAUUUGUCCCCUCAUGCGCGCAGUCAACGCGUGCAUUGAUUCCAUGUAUUCACUCCGGCACAAGACUGCUGGACAUGUUCCCGCUGGCUGGGUUUGCUUUUCCUUUGCAGAGAUUCGGGAGGUGUUGAUGCACUUUACCUUGACCAAUUUUGUGGCUCUGCCCGGCCUCCUCGGGCGUGAGCUGCGUGGGGCUCCAAUGGGCGAUGCUUUGAGUGGGGCAGUGCUGCGGCUCUUCAAGUGGAGAAGGGAGGCUGCGCAACUACCUGUUGAGGAGGUAGACACUGUUUGUUUCCGCAGGUCCUGCUCCAAGCUGGUCCCUGUCUGUGGUUGCAAUAUGUUGGUCCUUGACGUCAAUUUCCGGGACGACUUGCGCAUGUUUUGCGUGUGGGACGGGCAAGCCAUCAUUGAUAAGGAAAAGGGUGGCGCAAUGGGCUAUCUCCAGGCUGCGCGCCCGAUACCACUACGGCACCAUGAACUUGGAAGAGUGUGA